ACACAAGAGACAAAACUGCCAGAGACUUUGUCUGCAGGUGAAGAAGAGAAAUUUCUCCAGUGGUGACACAUGUGGAUAUAUGAAAGGUUCUGUGCGCUUCUUCUCACUUUCCAAGGAGGGAUGGACAUCUGGAGACACUAAGCUUCUGCACUGGUGGUGUCACAGUUCUUGACCAGAGUUUGAAGCUUCUACAAGAAGAAGCAGACAGCGCAAUGGCCGCUUUAGAAAAUUCUUCAACACUACAAGUCAAGCACAGGUCACAUGGACAAGAGGCCUCAAGAAAUGAACUGAAAUGGACAAGCGGCCAAGAACCGGGGCCACAGAUAAUGCUGGGGAAAGCACAUGAGUUUUUCCAGAUCUGUGAUAUUGAGGAUAAAGGCUUCAUUACACGUCGUGAUAUGCAGAGGCUUCAUGGAGAGCUGCCUCUUAGCCUGGAUGAACUGGAAAACGUUUUCGAUACCCUGGAUUCAGAUGGGAAUGGAUAUCUGACGCUAGAAGAAUUCACUACAGGAUUUAGUCACUUUUUACAUGGAGAAGAAACGCAGAUGAAGGACAUGUUGCAUGAGGAACUUGAGGAGCAACUUGAGUUUGAAAAUAUGUAUCAAACAAAAUGGGAAGAAAGCACUCGAGAUGUCCAAGAGGAGGAUGUCAACACCCAGUUCUACAACUUGAUAGAUUCUGUUGGGGCAAACAGAUUUUUAGAGGAUGAGAAUAAAAUAAAACGCUUGUGGAUGGAUUUAAGAAGGGAUGAACCUCAUCUGCUUUCAAGUUUUGAAGAAUUCCUCACCAGAGUAUUUUCACAACUUCAAGAAGCCAAUGAGGAAAAGAAUGAAAUGGAGUGUGCACUCAAAAAGAAAAUUGCAACUUAUGAUAAUGAAAUUCAGAAUUUAUAUGAAGAGAUGGAACAUCAAAUAAAAACCGAGAAAGAACAAUUUCUCUUACAAGACACAGAGAGGUUUCAAACACGCAGCCAAAUGCUGGAAGAGAAGCUGCAGAACAAGGAACAGGAGUUGGAGCAUCUAGUGCUUAAGCAAAAAAGGUUGGAGAGUCAGUGCACAGAGCUGAAUAAUGAUAAGUAUGAAACCAAAGCCGAGAACGAGAAGCUGAAGUCAACAAACAAAGAGAUGAGGCGAGAAGUUGAACGAACCACACAAGAGUUAAUCACCGCUCAGAGACAACUGAAGAUUCUGCAGGAGGAGGCCUCCCAGCUGCACGAGGAGAGAGAAAUGGAGGUAUACCGAGUCACAGAAAGUCUUCAGCGAGAGCGUUCAGCACUUCUAAAACAGCUUGACUUGUUAAGGGAAAUGAAUAAACAUUUACGAGAUGAAAGAGACAGCUACGUGCAGGUACAGGAGAAUAAAUCAAAGGUAAAUCACUCUAAAUCAAUGAAGAAUCAAAGAUCUGGAUCUAUAGUUGGGAAAUAUUUUGAAAAAAAGCCUACAAUUAAAAGUCAGUCAUCUGAAGACGAUGAUGUUUUUCCACCUAAACGGAACUCUGUAGGGUUAAAUGGUGUUGGCACGUCUACAACAGAGACUGACAGCCAUUUGGAAAACAGACAGAGUAAAGGUCACCAUUUACGGAGAAUAAUCUCCAUUGAAGAGGAUCAUCUUCCUCAGUAUUUAGACAAUCAACAAGAGAGACCAUUAAAUGACUGGCAGGAGGUGGAUGAGAAAGAAGAAAAAUUUACGCACACUAAAGAGGAAAUCCAAAACAAAGAAGAAAUUCCUCAUGAGGACUUGCCAUCUUCUCCAAGAGGACAACCAGUUGGAAAAGAGACUUUACCAAAUGAAGAACAUAUUUACUGGCCCCCGGAUCGAUUAUUUAAAAUAAUCAUGGUUGGAAAUUCCAGUGUGGGAAAAACAUCGUUUCUAAGAAGAUUUUGUGAAGACAGUUUUUACCCUGGAACCUCUGCCACAGUAGGCAUUGAUUACAGUGUAAAGACGGUAACGGUGGACAAUUGCCAGGUGGCACUGCAACUCUGGGACACAGCUGGGCAAGAAAGGUACCGCAGUAUCACCAAACAGUUCUUUAGGAAAGCUGACGGUGUGAUUGUCAUGUAUGAUAUUACCUCCAAGGACUCAUUCACUGCCGUGCGACAAUGGCUCACCAAUGUGGAGGAAGGAGCUGGUGAAAACAUUCCCAUUUUAAUGUUGGGCAAUAAAAUAGACAUUGAAAGGGAAAGAGAGGUGCCCUGUGGCCUGGGAGAACAUCUUGCUAAGAGUUGCCGCUUACUUUUUUAUGAAUGCAGCGCCUCCAGUGGACACAAUGUGAAAGAAUCAAUUCUUCAUUUAGCAAAGAUUCUAAAAGAGCAAGAAGAUAAAGUGAGGGAAAAAACCAUCCAUCUACUUGAUUCACCAAAGAAGAAAAAUUGCUGUUCCAGACAGUAGACUUCGAAUACUUACUUCUGCUUCUUCUACACUACCAUUCCCUGGGACUGUGUGCCCAGCUCAACAUUAUGUAGUAUAAUACUACCCAAUGAUAUAAUAUGCUUGUCUGAUAUUUCACUUAGUUGGUGAUCAUACUGACAAAUAAUGGACCUUGGCCUUAGAGUGGUAUUUUUAUAACUGGCCGAAAAUGAUUAUGUUUUUAUAAUAAUUUAUUGUGGUUUAUUGUUGAUAUAGCGGUAUAUUUGGUAUGGCAGAAUUGCAUUGAGUUGUUCCUUAAAUAAUACAUAUGUCAACGAACCACCGUAUGUCAAAGAACCACCAGAGUGGUGGGAAGUUAAGACAUUGGUAAGAAGAAACUCCUCAUUCCUGGAUAACAUAUUAUAGCUAUGAUGGAUGCCUACGAUAACGCAGUCAGGUCUCCUGAUACAGUUUUGGAAGCCAAAACCAGGAGAAUUCAAAAAGAGAGGAAAAGUCGUAUCUGUCCUUAUUAAUGUCUCUCGUUUUAUGAUCCACCCUUCAUUUUGGCUUCCAAAACGGCAUCUGGAAACCAUCUGUGGCCAUACCCGGGGUUUACCGGGAUUUUACAUUGUUGACCUAUGCUAGAGAUAAUGUAUAUACUGUAUGUAUGUCAGGGACUAACCUUCAGUACCACCACAAAUCAAACAAAGAAAUAACAGAGCUUGAUGGAGCCCCUUCAUUGCAGUAUCUGACACAGUAACAUCCAUACCUCUGUGGCUGUGUGUGGUACUUAAAUGACCAGGACCGAACUAAUGGCCACAUUUUGGGCUACUUUCACAUCUGCGCUUUCCCUUUCCGGUAUUGAGAUCCGUCAUAGGAUCUCAAUAGCGGGGAAAAACGCUUCUGUUUUGUCCCUAUUCAUUGUCAAUGGGGACAUAAC